AUGACAUUAUGCCAUUUGUUUAACAUGUUUAACGGUUCAGAGCAACCACAGAAUCCAAACUAUGGAGCUCCUCCACCUCCUUCUGCUGGAUAUCCGCCUCAAGGGUACUACUAUUAUCCACCACCACCAGCUCCAGGAUAUUAUCCACCACAGCCACCUCCAGUAUAUUAUCCACCACAGCCAACACCAGGCUAUAAUGCUUAUCCUGGUCGUUGGAAUGGAAAAUAUGACAAUAGUGGUCAGCAAAAGAUUCGCCAUAUCAAGAAUAAAACUGGUGACAACACAGGUGAUAACAAUGGAGCUGUCAAAAUUGGCAAUUUCAGAGAUGAAGAAGAAUGA